ACUACAUAAAACUGUCAUUUGUUAUCAUAAAUUUUACCCUAUAUAUUAAUCUGCCAACAUAUAACUCCACAUAUAUUCUAUUAAAACUGAAGUAAAAAAUAAUAUUUACAUAUUUUUAAGUAGUUUAUACAGAUUUUCGUUUUUUUAAACUAAUUUUAAUCAUUUAAUUUAUUUUAUUUUUUAAUUAAUUUGACAUCAUUUAUUACAAAGUAUAAAACAUAAUUUACAUAUUUUUAAGUAUUCUAUCACAUUUUGCUUUUUUUCUCUUUCUAUUAUAGUAAUUCGACAUCAUUUAUUUUACUUCUUAACCAUAAUAAUUUUACAGGUUUGAAUGAAAUUAAUUCAUUUGUGACAAGAUUUCAAAACGGUUAACAUUUUUUUUGUACAAUCAGCUAGAAUCAUCCAUGUAUCCAUUCAAGUAUGAAUCAAGUUUUUUGGAUAUCGGCUUUUUUGAGUUCUAAAAUUAAACUUUAUUUGAAUACUAGAGGAGCCCGGCGCUACGCGCCAGAUUUCGAUGAUAAUAUAUGUGCUAGUGGAAUUGAAAUUAAUUUCAUGGUCUUGAAAAACAAAGUAUUCAUCUAACAUAUGAAGUUGAAUUAAUUUCUAUAUUACAAAAGAGAAUAUUAUUUUAUUUUGACAAUAUUACAUAUUUGGUAGCCAAUAAAGAAUUUUACAAUAUAUUUAUUUGUAUGAGGGUAAAUAUUUUCUGACUUUGAUUUUUGUUUGUUUUUAGUUUGUUUAGUUUUAUGCAGCUUUAAAAAUUACCAACCAAAAGAAGAAUUCAAAGACAAAAAAAGCAUACGAAAUUCCAAGGAAAUAAAUCUAAAAUCGUUCAAAUAUUAUCAUCAGAUUUCAGAAUUGAAAUACUCUGUUCAUCAAAUAUUAUCAUCAGAUCAAAAUCACAAAUUUUAUGGAACUUGCUCCUCAAAUACUUCACUCUUCAAUUUUUUUCCUUUUUCGUACUUAAUAUUUAUAUUCAUCCUCAGAUUAUACAUAGCUAAAACUAAAAGAUGUUCCUCUUGGUGAUUUUCAAACAUAAAGAGCUAUAACAUUAUCAGUUAAAAAAUCACAAAAUUAGAUAAACUCUCGAGCCAUCUCAUAUGUUUUUUUUAUAUUAGUUUUGUUCUCAUAUUCCUUUGCUUUCCAAUAAGCCAAAUAUUGAAUUUCAUAAUGAUUCCUUUAUUGAUGUGUAAAUGAUAUUUUAUUUAUGUUAACUCAUUAAUUCCACCAAAUGGAAUGAGUAAUAUUUGGAAACCGAGCCUUGGGUGUAUAAACUCGCUUCCUAAAGCUUUUGUAUCAUGGUAGUGGAUAAAAUCAUCUUUGCCUUUAAAGAUCUCGAUGUAAGCUUAUGUUUCCUCUCCAAACCCCUGCUCCAAUUCCUCAGGCUCCUGCACAACCAUCUCUUCGUCCUGAUCCUGAGCCUCAACUUCAUCAGCAACCUAAGUCAUCAGCUGAAAAUUCAAAAAAAUCAAGAGCUCGCAUUGUCUUCUGGUCUUUCGUCCAAGGAUGAAGAAGUUGGUGGCUAAGACAUUUUGUUUUUAUUUUUUCAAGACUAUCCCUACGUACUGAAUAAUUACUGUGAAAUUGUUAUGGGUUAUGCAGUAAUGUAAGCAAUUCAAAUCUCUGUCUUAUAAAAACAAAUUGAUUUAAGAAGAAAAUGUCAUGUCAGAUUAUUCUGAAACAAUAGAAAAAACUCGAUUUUGGUUUGAGAGUUUCAAACCGUAACAACUCUGUGCUUAGGUUUAUUCAAAUACUGAACCGUUUGGCGGAUUCUCCUGGAAAUCCUGAGCUGAUAUGAUUUUGUAUUUCUUCAUGAUCAUCGGUAUCUGCAUGUGUUUUUGUGCAGUUGGUGGAUUCUCCUGGAAAUCAGACAUAAUCUGUUCAUAGAGAAGUGGUGGAUUUUGGUGAGACAUCAUUAACAUCAACAUGGAUUGCUGCAGCAAAUCUUAACUAAACAUUGAUUUGUGAAUCGAGGUGAAAUGUAGAGAAGCGAAUUUUGAUUCAUUACCUGUCCCAUUACAGGAACUGUGAGAAUGUUCUGGAUUACCGGAUCUUGUAUUCCCCUAGACCCUAGCCUGCAAGAAGAAAACAAAAUAAACUAAGGUCACUGGCUCUCUCUAAACCGAGAAAGGAAGAAAUAACAAUGAAACACAUAAGAGGAUUAGAACUGGACUUACUCUAGGGUCUUGUGGAUUUAUUUUUAUCGUUUCAGUGUGGUGUCUCACAACAUCAUGAUACCACUGCUCCCUGAAUAACUCAGUAUCUGUAUUACAAACACAACAUGAUAUUAGUAUAACUUGCUUUACCAAUAUAUACUUGCAAAACCAAAAUACCUUUCUCAUGCUCCGCCGCACCAAUACAGGGAUCAGAAUACUCUUGCUGCUCCAAUUCCUUCUUGACUCCUCAGCCUCUUCAAUGUGUCUGGGACUCUGGGAUAUGGUGCUCCGCAAGAGCUUUCUGGUAAGUCUCAGUCAGAUGUUCAUAGUCUGUCGAGACUUUUUCCAACGUCCACAGAGCUGUUCCGUUCCUAGCCUAAGCUUUCUAUCCCUUUUAACAGCCUUAUCACAGUCCUUCUCAUCAUACUGAAUCAAAGACAUUCAUAUCAGGUUCAACCCCGUGCCGGGUAAAUCAUCAUAUUGCAUGAAACAUGACCAUGUUUAGACUUAGCCACAAUCCACAUACCAAGUGAAUCACUAUAGACUAAUAUACAUAAGAACUAAACACGAUGCACUCAUAAUACUGAAUUCAACAUGAUCACAUUUAGACUCAACCACGUACCAAGCAAAUCACAUAAAAACUGUUAGACUAUUAAUAUACAUAAAGACUAUACCUUCAUCGGUUUGUGCUUAGGCAAAACAGUGGAGUUAGCAUUUUUGGUCGCUGGAUUUUCUUCAAAGCUUUUGAGUGAGAAGAAUGAACUGAUAAUUUUAGGGUGUAGAAAUCCACACUAUCAGAUGCCAAAGCAUCUAUUAGGCCAGCAUAACCAUUGUCAAGCUUGAAAGCAGUGACUCCUGGUUUGUUAUGGCGAAUCAAAGCUGCAUAAGAUAAGAUAAAUGUAGUCUUUAGUAGAUGUACAUAACCAAAACAUUAUAAAAAUCACAUAAGGUUUUGAUCAUCUAAAUCUUUACUUAGUAUAAACCACCAGAGCAGGCUUACAUGAUAUUGCGUUGAGAGAUUGAGUUUGAGCAUUAAUAUCUGUGACGAAAGUGAAGUUUGAUAGCAAUCGUAACUAAACAUUGGCCUUCAUAACUAACUCUUGACUUCGAGGAUUGUUCUGAACUAUCGUGCCUACAAAAUCAGCAGCUUUGGCUCGAAUAUUAGCUUGAGAGUUCUUCAGAAAGCCGAGAAGAGGGACCAAGCCUCCAAUCGAAUGAUGAUCUACACAAUAGUAAGUAACCAUUUUUUAAACUAAACAUGGGAAGGUGUAGCAGAAACUGAAAGCAAGAUGAAGGAUUAAAAAUAACACUAAAUCGUGUUCUGGAUCAACGAAUAUCAAACCAGAAACAUGACUCGAUAACAAAAGCUCUUAAAACAAAAUUUGGUUUCAUUCUAAGAAUCAAAAAUUGAAACUUGAAACUAAAAGCUUGAAGUAGAUUGAUUUGUUCUAAUAGAUUGUUAGGAUGAUUCAGAGUGAAGGAAUGCUAACCUUUUUGUAGUUGAACCUCCACGCCUUUGAAGAGCAAAGGUGCCAUUGAAGAUAGAUCGUGUAUGAUGGAUUUAAGAAGGAAAUUAAUAGGGAUGAAUCCAUAACCGAUUGAUUUCUGGAUCGUAGGAAGAAGAUAAAUAAAUCAAUCAAAACCCUAGAUUUCGCUACAGCUGAGAAGAUGAUGAAACUAAAAAAAAAAAGAAACGUUGCGUUUCGAAAUAUCAUAAUACGAUUUAUAUGGGACCGGGCUUGCUAAAUCAAAAUGCACAGACCAAAUAUAAAGACAGGCCCAACCAGUUUCGAAAAUAAUAGUGUUACGAUGCGUUUAGUAAAUCAGACACGUGUCAGCUCAAGAUAUCUCCAAUUAGUGACGUGUCUCUCUAAAAUUAUAGAUUUUCAGACGGGAUUUGAGUCGAUCCUUCUAGACCCGGAUAGGUUCGUAAAAACCUAAAAAUAUUCAAAUAAUUAAAAAAAAAUAUUUGUGUUAAAAAAAAUAAAAAUAAUUUAUUAAAAAAAAAAGUAAAAAUCAAAAUCGGCGCGGAUCAAGCUCCGGUUUCCAUUAUUUGAUAGGGUUUUACCGUUUCUGCAUAAUCACACUCGACACUCCAAUGCCCUUCUCUAUUACUGGAUUAUUAAACAAUCAAAACAUGCAACUUAGUGGGUCCGAUCUCAUCUCCAGAGCUUAUCAUCCAAUCAUUUACUUUAAGAAGAUAAUCAUCUCCUCUUUCUUCAUCAAAUCAAAUGUUAAAUCAAACAACAAACAAAAAGAUAAUGAUUGUAGUAGGCAAAAUAAAGAAACAAAUAAACUUUUGACUUGUCUACGCAAUAGAAAAGUCUUUCUUCACAUGUCUAUUCUUACUAUUGUGCACUAUAGAUUUCUCAUUAGCCAAACAACAACCAAGAGUUCCACACUCGAGUCCAAAAAAGACACUCCAGUGGUCCAACAAGUUUGCAUACCUCGAAACUCAUCAACAUUAAGAUGAUAUAGACUAAAAUCUACUCUAAGAGAGAUUUAUUUGGCCAUUUCUUGGAAUUAUAGCUUGGUUUUAGUUUCUUUUGAAGAAAAGUUAUCACUUGUGUUGUGUCUGAUCUGUCUCUCUACGUGGACAUGGAAGAAAAAGAAUCAAGAAAAGGAGCCAUGGCUGCAUCAAAAUCUGGCGGGAAGAUAACUUAUUUUGUGGUGGCUUCAUGUGUUAUGGCCGCCAUGGGAGGUGUCAUCUUCGGCUACGACAUCGGAGUUUCAGGUGGAGUGAUGUCAAUGGGGCCAUUUCUUGAAAGAUUUUUUCCAAAAGUAUAUAAGCUCCAAGAAGAAGAUAGAAUAAGAAGAAGCCAUAACAACAAGAACCACUAUUGCCUUUUCAAUAGCCAACUUCUUACGUCCUUCACGUCUUCUCUCUACGUCUCCGGUUUCAUAGCUACUCUGUUAGCUUCGUCAGUGACUCGUUCUUGGGGUCGCAAGCCCUCUAUAUUUCUAGGCGGCGUGGCUUUUCUCGCUGGCUCUGCUCUCGGCGGCUCUGCUCAAAACGUUGCUAUGCUCAUCAUUGCACGUCUCUUGCUAGGUGUAGGAGUUGGAUUCGCAAACCAGUCGGUUCCUCUAUAUCUGUCGGAGAUGGCUCCGGCGAGAUACAGAGGAGCAAUCAGCAAUGGCUUCCAGCUCUGCAUCGGAAUAGGGUUUUUAACCGCAAACUUCACCAACUACGAAACUCAAAAGAUCAAAGAAGGCUACGGUUGGAGAAUCUCUUUAGCGACAGCCGCGGUUCCAGCUUCAAUCCUCACGUUAGGCUCACUCUUUCUCCCUGAAACUCCCAACAGUCUCAUACAAACCACCGGGGACGUUCACAAGGCCGAGCUCAUGCUCCGCCGUAUCCGUGGAACAAACAAUGUACAAGACGAGCUUGCCGAUCUCGUUGAAGCCAGUUCUGAGUCAAACUCAAACGCACGACACGGGUUCUUGAACUUGCUCCAGACAAGAUACAGGCCUGAGUUAGCGAUGGCUUUUGCUAUACCGUUCUUUCAGCAGGUUACGGGCAUCAACGUCGUCGCUUUCUACGCACCGGUUCUGUUUCGAACCGUCGGGUUUGGGGAGAGCGGUUCGCUGAUGUCGACGCUCGUGAGCGGGAUCGUGGGAACAGCUUCGACGUUCUUGUCGAUGCUUGUGGUCGACAGAAUCGGUAGAAAGACUCUGUUUCUGCUAGGAGGGUUGCAGAUGCUUGCGUCGCAAGUUAUCAUCGGUGUGAUCAUUAUGGUGGCGGAGGUUCGCGACGGUGUGAUCGGGGAAAGGUACGGUUACGCGGUUGUGGUUUUGGUGUGUGUAUACGUGGCGGGGUUUGGGUGGUCGUGGGGUCCACUAGGGUGGCUUGUACCGAGCGAGAUCUUUCCGUUGGAGAUUAGGUCAGCGGCGCAGAGCGUGACGGUGGCGGUUAGUUUUGUGUUUACUUUCGCUGUGGCUCAAAGCGUGCCACCGAUGUUGUGCAAGUUCCAAGCGGGGAUUUUCUUCUUUUAUGGAGGGUGGGUGGCGGUGAUGACGGUGGCGGUGCAGCUGUUUCUGCCGGAGACUAAGAAUGUUCCGAUCGAGAAGGUGGCUGGACUUUGGGAGAAGCAUUGGUUCUGGGGGAAACUGACUAGGAAGCGUGAUUGCCAAGGAACCACUUCUAUUAGUAGUUAAUCUCCCAAACAUAUAAUCUCAAGUUAUGUGAAACCAUCAAAGAUGAAAAUGAGUGUAUUCAAAUUGUUAUCUGAAGUGAUUUAUUCAUAUGAAAAAUAAAUAAAUAAAUUGCACUAUUUAUUCAAA